GGCCCACUACUUAAGAAUGUUAGGUGUACUAUUGCUGAUGCUACAUAUAGAAGGUAAGUUUUCUGUCGCAGAGCCGUACGGCGGGAUGCGCACCAUAUUGCCGCACGACACCGCCUUCCGGAACGACUUCGCUUGGCGAUACCCACUUCGCUCCGUGAGCCUAGACACAAAGCAGUAUCUAGGAGCGACCUUUAUUCUAGUAGGAUAUAGAAAUGACAAGCCACUUUCAGGUCUAUGAAUUGCCCCCUAACAAGACCUCCUUCGUAAAGUUUUCAUCAUUAUCUAUACUGCUACUUUUUGGUGGCACCGUUAGUGAAUGUGGAUAUUCGCGUGCUUGCAGGGUAGCGUUAUCUAUCUUAUGACAACGAUAGCUGCUUAAUAAUAUUAAAACAUGUGUCUCAGCGACCUUCUCCAGCU